GCAGCUGCAGCUCCUCGGUGGAUGCAGGAGCGGGGGGGCGGGCAGCGCCGAACUGCUGCCAUUGGUUGCCGGUGAGGGCUGGUCUCCAGCCAAGGCCCCAGCUGCGCUCCGCCAGCGAUGCUCCCGCCGCAGGUGCACAGCAGCUCGGGACGUGCCCAGAGGCGGCGGCAAGGGACGAAGGUGGCGGAGAGGGGGAAGGGACUUUCGUGAUAGCAAGUUGGUGAGCCAGAAGCUGCAGCUUGCGCGCAUCAGGCUCCGGGAAAGGGGGCUUGACCCCCGGCCAUUCCCUCCGCCAUCUCGCUGGGCUCCGGGCUGGCCCGCCGCCUGCAGAGAGAGCUCCCCGUGGCAGGUGCCCAGCGAGCUGUCUGUGCGUUUCCACCGCGGGCAGCCCCGGGGAAACUCGCCCCCGGAGAUCUGCACCGAGCCAGCCUCCCUUGCUCCCCAGCGCUACCGCCACCGAGCGGGGCUGUUCCCACUGCCCUGGCCACGUGAGGAGCUGGGGCCGGUGGCCGGGCUCGCUGUGGCACCCCUAGCCCUGCCUGUGCGUGUGUGGUGCUAGGCGGCGACGGCUGGAGCAAGCGCUCAGCUGAAUUAACAGAGUUGCCACCAGCUGCUCUUAGUUGCCUCAGCAGUAAAGGGGGCUGCUGCCCGAACAAGCCUCUUGGCCGAGGUGAUUCCCGAUAAUUUGAAUCUAAAUAUCCAGCUGUUGGGUGGCUUCAGACGACAGUUGAUAUGUUGAAAGAUUAACUCAGACACCUUCUGUGAAUGUGGGUUGAAGGCUUGCAGCAUGUCAAGGAAGACCAGAAAAGAUGCAAUGAACAUUCUGUAAUCAGGAAAAUGAGAGAAUUUCUUUGAGAACACAGCAGAAACCUUUCUUUCCUGCAGCUGGAAGAUGUGGCCACAUGUUUUUGAUAUUUGGUUAAUUUAAUAAAGGACUCUCUGUCAGGCUAUUUGGUGACCUUGUAAAUCUUGUACCUGUGUGACAAACGUGCCUUUGAAACUUGCAGUAAACAGUUCAUUCUCUGGAAAACCCAACUGUUGGAAAAAUCACUAUUGAAGAAUCAUGUCAAAAAACCUGGAGAUCAUCAAUUUGUCAUUUUUGUUGGAACAUGAGAGGGAAACAAUACUGGGAGUACUGAAGAGAGAUGAGUAUUUGAAAAAAGUGGAAGAUAAGAGGAUAAGGAAAUUGAAGAAUGAGUUGUUGGAAGUGAAACGAAAAGGUGGAAACCGCCAUUGCCGACAGGACCGUGGCAGGGUCUGUGUUCGCUGUCAGAAAAACCUGGGCUUAAUCUUUGACAGGGGGGACCAGUGCCAAGAAUGCAAACUCACAGUUUGCAACAAGUGUCGUGUUUUGGGAAUUGAUGGGAACUGGAAGUGCACUGUGUGUGCCAAGAUUGCACAGCUAAGGAUAGUGACAGGUGAAUGGUUUUUUGAAGAGAGGGCAAAGCGCUUCAAACAAUCCAACCUCCUUGGAACUGAUGUUGUCAGACAGUCCAUCCUACGCAAAGUCCCAGAUACUGUUUCCGGUAAGAAAGAAGGAGGACAAGAGAAAUAUCAGGCCCAGGAGACUAUAGAGCAAAGGCCAGAUACCCCAGCUUCCUCCACAAGUGGGCAGAAAUCAAUAUUCAGUGGACCCAGAAAGAUAGGGAAGGCCAUCAGGGCAGUGACCAAAGGAGAAAUCACCAGUGUGAAAGCUGAAGAUGGAAUAAACAGCAGUUCAGAGGCUGAUGCCCAAAGUUUACGCAGUGUCAGGUCUACUCCCUGUUCUGACAGGGGGAGCACUCUUUCACUGAACAACAAUGAUGCAGAGACCCUUCCCGGUAACAUGAAAGGCACAGUGAGCUCUGGGUACCGAAGCAAUGCCUCCAGUCCAGUCUGUCCGAGGUCACCGGCACUGAGCACACGCAGCAUGACUUCAGAUUACAGCAGGCAGGAUCCUGGUUUAAAAUAUGACGCUUCUGUGCCUGCAAGUGAAAGUGUACCUGAAGAUUUAGUGAAAAGACACCGUAGGAAUGCAUCUGAAACACCUUCAAUAGCAGUUUCUAGGGCAUCUCUAGCAUCAGAUCUCAGCAAAUCUGAGAUAGAUUUGGGUGGGUCUUUCUCAGAAGAAAACAAGGAUGCUGUAAGCUUAAGAAGUAAAUCAGUACCUGAUGCUUUAAACCAGGACCUGGAUUACCUGGAUGAGAUAGAGGAAGACCCUGAUGACAUAGCGGCCACUCAUUAUCUAAAACAUCGUGGACAUUUGGCAAGUGGAUUAUCAACAAACUUUCCUGAAGGCUCUGACAGGAAAUGCUCCUACUUAAAUGUACCUGACGCAGAUGGUGAUACUACUAGCAUUAACAGCAUAAUGAGUGUUUACAGUGAAACUGGGGACUAUGGCAACGUGAAGGUCAGUGGGGAAAUACUUCUUCACCUCAGCUACAGCUACAAAAUGGGUGCCCUCAACAUCCUGGUAAAAAACUGCAGAAACCUGGCCAUAGCAGAUGAAAAGAAGCAAAGAACAGAUCCCUAUGUCAAAACAUACCUCCUGCCAGACAAAUCUCGCCAAAGUAAACGCAAGACCAAAAUCAAAAGCAACACCAUCAAUCCAGAGUUUAAUGAAACCCUAAAGUAUGUCAUCAGCCAUACACAGCUAGAGACCAGGACCCUCCAGCUUUCUGUUUGGCACUAUGACAGAUUUGGGCACAACAGCUUUCUUGGGGAGGUGGAAAUUCCUUUGGACUCCUGGAAUUUUGAAAAUCAGACAGAUGAAUGGUUUGUGCUUCAACCCAAGGAGGUUGCAGCAGAUGUCGGGCUUCAGUAUAAAGGAGAGCUGAUAGUUGUUUUACACUACAUUCCCCCUGAGAAAAACCUAAUGCUUCCCUUUGGACAGUUUCAAGGAAAGAAGAGUUUAAAAAAAGGAAAGAAAGGAAACACACAGAUGCCUUCUGGGGGUAUGCUGGAGGUCCUCAUCAAGGAAGCCAAGAAUUUAACAGCUGUGAAGUCAGGAGGCACUUCUGACACAUUUGUUAAAGGAUAUCUGCUCCCAGAUAACAACAAAGCAACAAAACAUAAAACUCCUCUAAUAAGGAAGAGUGUGAACCCCCACUGGAAUCACAGCUUCACUUUCAGCGGCUUGAAUCCUAUGGAUCUACACAACGUAUGCCUAGAACUGACAGUCUGGGACAAGGAGUCACUCUCCAGUAACAUCUUUCUGGGAGGUGUCCGUUUGAGCACUGGAAGUGGUGUAAGUAAUGGGAAGGAAGUUGAUUGGAUGGAUUCCCACGGGGAAGAGCAGCACCUCUGGCAAACGAUGAUGGACAAUCCCGGAGUUUCUGUGGAAGGUAUAUUAAUGCUGAGAUCUAGCAUGGGAAAACGCAGACUCUGAGAACAAAUGGCUUGCACAAGGAUAAACUCCAGCUGUUUUGCUGACGUGAUUCUUAACUGUUGUGGGGUACCACAAGGAUGCCUGGUGUUAGUGGAAUUCAGUCUGUUGUAACUUUGCACAUGUGAAAGUGGGGAAGAAAGACUCCUGUUUGCCUUGGAUUUUACAGCUCCAGAGUUGGAUUAUAAUGCAUUCUGCACUUUCGUGCAUCCGUAUUCUUAAGACAAUGCUCCUUACCCUAGUGAAACUCCUACUGAAGUCAGUAAGAAAGAUACCUGAAUAUAGAAUAUAAAUCGGGCUUUCUUUGUCUCAGAGACAAAAAUAUGGUUUAUUAGUGUCAACAUCCAUGAAGAAUAUGGAGCAAGCAAAUGCUGUAGUCAUUUGAUGACUAAUGAUUAUUUAUGGUAUAAGCCAAUUUGAAGCAAUAUCAAAAGUUUGCUAUUUGAAAUGAGAUUAGAAACCACCAGAUUCCAAGCAAUCUGAAAGAAUAAUUAGCAACAUCCCUUCCCCCCGUUUACGUGUUCAGUUAUUUGAACUGUGCAUGACAGCAAGCCUUGCAAUAAGCAUCACUACAAGAAAAGCUGAUACACUGCACGUAGCAGCCAUUAUUUGGGUAUUUAGAAAUAGGCAGCAGAUGUGCGGAUAUAAAAUAAGAGGAAUGCUGUACUUUGCAGUGCUGUGUAUUUCAGUGCACCAUUCAGAAUGCAAGCUACGGUUCCCCCAGAUCAAAGAGUCUCUUAUGAAAACAGAUUAUUAUACAUCCCUAAGCAGCUUCCAGAACUAAGCACCGUUACUUAUGGCUGCAUUAUAACUUUUGCUUAUAACUCAUUUAAUAAUUCAGACAUCACUGGACAGAAAAGGAGAGAAGUUCAAACUUCUGUCAUAACUGAUGAGAUGUUGACGUUUACCCACAUGUGCUGUUUCAGGUUUAAUGGACUAAGUUCCAAUUCAGUAAAACAUUUAAAGAAAUGAUCUAAUUAAGCAUAUGCCUAACUGCUUUGCUGAAUUGGGGUUUAAAUGGAGAAGUGUUCUGAAUGGGUUGGAAUCCUAUUCAAGCAUAUCCUGCUGAUUUAUUAAUUAUUAACCAUGAUAUGAUUUAGAAUGCGAUUUUGCUGCUGAAUGUUACUAAUAUGAGUCCUUGCACUUAUAGUACUAAUGCAUUUUAAUAUAAAAAUGUUGUCUUACGAUUUUAAUUAGUCCAUGUUAAAUGGCAUAGUUGUUCUAUAUUAAUUUGGUUUCCAAAAGACUGCUUUGUGUGUAAUGAGAUCUGUCCUGCUCUCAGUACACACCACCAAUCUUAAAUUUUCUGGCUGCUAAGAACCAGACCCCCAUGUGUACAGAGCACAAUGUUUUCUAUACCUGCUUAUGGGCUGUAGCUGUGCUAUACAGCAGCAGAACCAUAGCAAGGAGAAUAAUUGAUCCUUACCAAAUAUAACGUGUACAGUAUUUGCAGAUUCAUGUGAUACACUAAGUUCAGCACUCACGUGCUAUGGUGAUAGGUACCUUAUACAAACCUAAGAAACAGCAAUAAAUUGGGUAAACUACGUUUCAUCUCAAUGAUCCAUAAUUAAAAUUGUGCACCCUGUCAUAACAGUAAAUGCAUCUACUGCUAUUCUCAUCCUUAAUUAUUUUUCAAGCAUUUUACUUUUGGGAGCAAGACAGUAUCACUGUGAAAAAUAUUUAGCAACCACAAACAAAAUAAACCAAUAAAAAAACUCUGUCACCUCCACCCCAUAUAUAAGUACAGAUUCUCUCUCUGUUCUUUUUCUCAUACGGUCAGAAUUCAGAACCUAAAGCUUUCUCUGAAGAAGGGUUAUCACAAUCAUGCUUAUUUGAGAGGUAAAAAUCCUGCCAUUCACAAUGAAACAGCAGCUGAAGCUCCAGGUUUUAUGACAUGAAGUACUAAUGGCUAAAUAACUACAGCUUGAGUUUUGUACCUGAAACUGAAGAAAUGCCCUGUCCUCUACAGUUAUAUCUCCCAUUUACAACUGAGGCCGAAACCUUCAAAUUGUAUGUCGUUUCUCUCCUUUCUAGUCUUAUUUUUUCCUGUUUCUGGGUUUGGCUUGAGUGGCAUGAAACUGCUGAUCAUGUCACGAGUUACCUAUUAAAAUAAUAAUGUACUAAUGUUAGGUGGAAAAUAUAUAUGUUUUUAAAUAUCCCUUUGUUUGCAUUACAAAGAACACCAUAGGUUACUAAAACAGAUUUCUAAAAAUCUAGGACAAGACUUUGAAAAGUGACUAGUGAUUUUGGGUGCCCAAUUAGAGAUGCUUUAAAGGGCUCUGAUUUUCAGGAAGGGCUGAACACACCUCCUCUGAUAAUCAGACCCCUUUAAAGCAGCUCAGAUUGGACACCCAAAAUCAGUAGCUGCUUUUAGAAAUUCCUAGCUGUGAUUUUCUUUAUUCCAUUUGGCUGUUUACAUUUGUUUACUUUUGGAAUUUCACUCAGUUAGGGCAAUGAAAAGAGACUAGUCUGUUUCUAGUCAAUUUUACUUUCCUAUUCUCAUGCAUUUUCAUGGGAGUGAGGAUACUUCUGUUCACAAAAGCCCAGAGGAAUGUAUAAUUGAAAGCACAGAAACCAAACAGACAAACACACCCCGAUGCUCUCUUUUAUUACAUAUUUCUUUUAGUUUCACAAUAAUUCUUUUAGAAAUGGGUUUUCUUUACCAGUUGUCCCCUCAAAAAGUACCCUAUAAUUGGGGCCUAAACUACCCUACCUCUUUAAUGGACUCAGAGUCUGGAUUUCCUAAGGGGUUUACAUCACAGAGAGAUGUUUGUUUUAAGAGUUGUUACAUUACACUGACAUGGAGGCUCAAACUCUGUUUUCAUGUAUGUGUUUGGCCAAAUUUUUAAAAAAGUAACACUUAUUAAACUAAAGAAAAUGAUUGAGAGUAAAUCCUGACUCUAUUGAAGAUAGUGGGAAUUUUGCCAUUGACUUGAGUGGGGCCAGGAGUCUUAGCCUAAGAGGGUUGAGUAGCAUGGGCCAGAUAAUAAAGAGGCUCCAUCCAUUAUCUGUAGUUUUAUAUUAAGUGUAUGGAAUAAGACAAUAAAUUCCAAGUAGGAAGUAUUUCUGUUAGGAGGCUGCUGUUUUUUUAUGGAUGGGAUCUGGGCAGUGCUGUGAGUGUCUCACAGCUUAGUACACACAGUUUAGUUUUUGUUCUAUUUUAAUGUGUGCCUAUCAUGCAUGGCUCUAAUGAAUCAAUGUCGUAAACCCCAGCAGCUAUUUAGAAAGCUUUGCUCUUCAGUGGUGUGAUCAGUACAUUUGUAGAAAGCAUUUGGUGUGUGGAAACCAUUGUCACAUUAAUAAUACCCCUUAAGUACCUGUUCUCUCUUUUAUAUAAAUGGUGUAUGGGAUGGGGAAAGUAGAAGAUAACUGAUCACACAUCUGACUUUUUGUUUUCCAGAUAUUUGAUUAAUUGCUUAUAAUUCUGUGCCAUUAUGUACUGUGUGUCACCAGACUGAGCACUAAGAUGACCAAUAAGUAGGGUUACCAGAUAGCAACUGUGAAAAAAACAGGAUGGAGUUGGGAGGUAAUAGGCGCCUGUAUAAGAAAAAGUCCAAAAAAACCAGGACUGUCUCUUUAAAAAGGGGACAUCGGUCACCCUACCAAUCAGGGACCAAGUUAAAACCUCCCUUGUAUAUAGAUUUGUGGCACUGAAAGUACAUGAACAAUUACUCAAGGCAGAUUUUUACAGAAAUCUCAAUCUAAUUACUCUUACAUUUAACCCUGAUUUAUAAAUUCUAGUCCUAAAUAAUAAGACUUGACACAGUAGAUAAUUCUAAACUAUUCUUUAGCACAGUUUUAUAUAGCUACAAUACCUGGGAACAAGAAGAAUCUAUUUUUAACAGUAUUGAUUUAAAAAAAACAAGUCAAGCACAAUGCAGUAUAUUAAAAUAUGUAUUUUUCUAACCAUUUUAACUACAAAGCUUCAUUUUUCUACCUUACUUUUCCCCUAAUAAUCAGUGAGUUUGACUUAUUUAAGAAGCAUGAAGUUAUAAACAUUAAAAGCUAUAAUAAAAAAUACAAAUAUCACUGUAAAAUCUUGAGCCAGAGCAAUAAACACCUCCUUACACUGCCUUGUCACUGCCCAUUGCCCAGGGAGCUUGUCUCUAAUGAGAGUUGACAUUUUAUCAACGCACCCCUUCUCUUUGCUAAUGGGCCAUGGGAGGGGCAUCGCAAAGGCAUAGAGGGAACCCCUUCAUCCUCCUUCGAGAGUCACGCUGUCAUUGCUUUUCUGUGACACCAUCGCAAGAAGUUCCAACAUCACUUUCUCAGCUGGCAGCUCAGCAAAGUGAUUUUGUGCCAUCCUUCUCAAGGGGCUUUUGCUGGCAAACCUGAGAGGAGGGUUCUGGGUGGUAAGUGCCAUUUAUCAUGGUACAUUAAGUUGGAACCUUACCACAUCGUGCCCUCUCCGAUAAAGAUUACACUAGGGAGAUGUAAAACUAGAGGUUGCUUUUCAGAGGAAAGAUUUAAUUGUGUAGAUUCAUGUUAUAUAUUUCCCUGAUUGGUUAGCCUAUGUAAUUUGACAUGCUUCUGAGUAGUGUUCUGGAAGAAGUUUACAAAAGUACAACAGCAAAGCAAGCUUUGAAUAUCCUAAAUCAUUGAUUGAAAAGACUGAAAUAUAGGAGGAUGACAGUUGAAACUGUGUUCCCUCCCCAAUCCCUUCUUCUUCUCCUUUUAAUUCUGGAUCACAGCCACCAUUAAAAAGGGGGUCCAAAGUCAUAAUACCACAGUCACCUUGUCUAUCAGCUCACAUGCUACAAUAAAGGUUGCCCCUGAAUCUUCCCAUAGUUCUCCCUCUCCCACUCACCCCUCCAUGUAGCCUUCAAUAACUCCUCCACUAAGGAUCACAUCUGAUAUGUCAAAUUCUUAAAUUUAUGCUGGCCUCAGAUGGCAAGGACCCUGGGCAGUGUGUAGCAGUCACAGGCCCACUUUGAUACUGGCCCUACUUCUUUUCCUCAUUAUAAAGGAGAACUGAAGUUUUAUUUCCCAGCCUGGGAUACUGGUUUUUAUCUCUUUUCAACAAUAGCAAAACAACACCACCACCACAUAAUCCAACACCAGCAAACAAACAAAUGGUUCUUUCUUAGAGCUGACCUGCAUGCAGAAUGGUAAUAAUGCAUUGGGAAUUUUAUUCCCUAGAUUUUUAAAAAUAAUACAUAUUCAAAGAUGUUGAGGGCAAGAUUUAGGAGGCCUGGGAUACAGGCUGUGGGAAGGAGUUGGAUCUGAGCAAUUCCCAUAGAGGAUGGCAAGCUCUAAGUAGUAAUGGUGUAUUCUUCCUUAAUUGUCCAUGAGAUGGACUAGACCAUGUUAGUGGACUCCAAACACUGUGCCCAAUGGGUGAGGGGUGCUGUCUGACACGGUGGUGAUAAUGCACAUGCAGCUAAAUAGUGUAUAUUAAUGCUAGUGCGUGAGCCUGAACUUGUGAACCAAGUGGCUUUUGGUUUGUUUUUGAGAAUCUAUCCUUCCCACAGCCUGUGUCAUGAUUUACAUUAGUUAUUGCAAUAGUUCUUAUUUGUGACUAUGAAUUAUACACAGCUGCAUACUUCUAGUCCUCUUCUGGAGAACUUGAUGCUUUUUAGCCUUAGGCUGCUUUGGACGGCAUGAAUGAACUCCCCUUUUACUUACUUUUGGGGUUUGUUUAACAACAAAAUUAGUCUUUGUUGCAACAGUUAGAGAAUGUCAUGUAUCCUCUUCUUCUGAAUUCUUUCCUGUUCAAACUCUCUGUUGCUAGCUCUCCAUUUGGUACAAUUAGAGUGGAAAUGAACACUAUUAGCAUUAAAUGACAUUGCAUUAUAAGAAGUUCUGCCAAAAUUGAGCCAAAACUUUCCUGCCCAGCUUGCUCUUGUCCUUUCCUGUGUACUGUACAUUCAGACUUGUGGACUGUGGAAGAAGGUUGAUGGUGAACCCAUUUGUAGUUAUUGUAAAGUACAAUGUUCUCUCUUACAAUAAAAUUAA